AACACUGACAAACUACUGAUAGGCAUGUUUGAUGGACAGUUCCGGUCUAAGCCUGUUGUAACACUUAGAGGAUCAAGCCACGUAGGAGCCGCUGCAGAGGAUGUCAUAGCUGAAAACCGCAAGAGAAGGGAGACACGCCUUGCUCAGCGCAGAGAAGAGGAUGCAGCACUUACCAUCCAGCGCAUCAUCAGGGGCGCGCUUAGUCGGUCUCAUGUUAAGCAGUCAAGUAGAGCUCAGUUUGACAGUAUUAUUAAGGUCCGGGACAGAGUCAAGUGCACCCGACUACUCUGUAAUUUCUAUGAUCCUCGGUUAGAUAACGACCGUCUGACUGAACUGUUCCGUAUUCUUAAGCAGCAGUGGACUGACUUUUCAGCUCCCUCCAAUUCUUACCCCAGGAUACUGAUUUUGACGAAAUGUAUUGAAGAUGCUCAUCAUCAACUGAUCGUUUUAUCCUCACAAAACGUUCCCUCUUUUCAGUUUAUCCAGAAAAUCGUUCAGGACAAAUCAUUUUCAGCCGAACGUCUUUCAGAAUUGACCACAUUAGAAAACAUAGCCAAGUCUUACGCCAAACUUAUACAAAUUAUCGAUAGGACAAAAGAGGAAUCGGGCUUUUUGGUGCAACUUAUAAGGGAUCUUAACGUAAAAUAUUACGAGGUGAUUUUAAAACAUGUUGUGCUGAAUGAUAAGUUAACUAACGUCAAACUUUUAGUUGACCGUGUUUUUUCAUCAAAAAAUUCCUCUGAACUCUGUAGCUCCAUUCUGGGUUCAAUUGACAUUCGGUUAGUGUGUCAAAAGUUAGAUGAAAACUUUAAUCAUUAUUUGGACAUCAUUGUGCACUUUUUUGGGAGACUGAUCUCAGACGUCCACUCCAGCAACAGAAUGCUGGAUGUCCUAUUCAAAAUCCUAAACCGCUAUCGUAUUCCGGAGGUAGUCGAGAUUUCAAGGGACGAGUCUUCAGACUCGGACUCAGAAGACGAAAUGGUUGUGGACAGACUAAUUUACAAUUUUGAUUGCCUGGAUUUAUUAUUUCAGAAUUGUGCCAAUUCUUCCUCUAACCUAAACAUUAGUUCCAUUGCCUAUCUCCUUAUAGUUAAGUUUAAUAUGUCAGUAAUACAGACUCCCCCCAUUCGGUGGCUCUGCUUCAACUCAGGCUUCAUGAAGUGGCUAUGGCACCAUCUGUCAACCCAGCAGGUAACUGGGAUCUUCAACACUGGACCCUCUUCAUGCUUGGCUAGAAUGUCAGAAAACAAAGCUCUCUCCAACUCUGAAUACCAGGAAUUCAUCCCUCCCUUAACCGUGUUCUGUUGUUUAUUCUACGAGUACCUGCGUUCCUCUCAUGACGCAGAUAUUCUAGAAGGCUCUACAAUGCUCUUCACUGUUUCCCAGCUCAAGCACUUAUGUAAGGUCUGCAGAGAUCUGUCCGUCAACCUCACUAACCUGGACCUGAUAGCGAUCCAACCUCACAAGACCCUGAAUAUAAGAUCAGCCUUCACUUCCAGACACAUAGCCAUACCAGGGAGUUUAGCAGACCUAGAAAGUAGAUUAGUGCUGGCAGCUAGAGACUGGGUCACGUGCUGGUCAGCUGUUACCAGGCUCACUUCCGAGCUCUACAUGAGGGACUCCAGACUGGAGUUCAUUGAGAGCAGAGAGGAGUGGUUAUCUAAAAGUAAGAUUCACAACAUCAACAGAGACAACGUGGGUGUGUUUAUUGAUCCCAUGUCGGUCCCUAACCUCAGUUUAAACACAAUAAAAGAGCUCUAUCUUCUUCACAGUGUUCCGUUCAUCGUUCCUUUUGGUGAGCGGGUGUCUAUAUUUCACGACAUCCUCGAGGAAGACGCUCAACAAGCACGAGGAGGGCACGCUGGGUGGAGUCAGCCGGGUAGUAGUAACACUAUCAAAGCUUCCAUCAGACGGGAGUACAUCUACGAGGAUGCUUAUGCGCAACUAACAGAAUCAGUGGCUCCUAACAUUAAAAACAGGAUCAUGGUUCAACUUAUUAACUACUCAGGACUCGAUGAGGCUGGUGUAGAUGGUGGAGGUCUCUUUAGAGAGUUCCUAGCCUCAUUUCUUAAAGAAGCCUUCAACCCUAACAGAGGAUUCUUCAUAGAAACAGACGGGAGAUUACAUCCCAACCCAGCUGCUCAACAUCUGUAUCCCGACUAUCAGAAACACUACUUCUUUAUUGGUCGUCUCCUAGGUAAAGCUGUGUACGAGAAACUGCUGGUAGACAUUCCUCUAGCCUCUUACUUCCUAGACAAGCUGCUGGGAGGUGCUGCUGACAUCAACAAUCUCCGGUCUCUGGACCCUAAUAUGUACCGUAAUAUUCUAUCCCUGAGAGGCUACACUGAUGAGACUAUUGCUGAUCUGUGUCUCUAUUUCAUCGUAUCUGAUAAUAUUUUAGGUGAAGCUAAAACUAUAGAGCUGAAACCAAAUGGCUCAGCUAUACAAGUGACACGGAGUAAUCUGAUAGAGUACAUACACCUGAUGGCUGACUACAGGUUGAACAGACAAAUCCGGAUUCCCUUCAGGAACUUUGCGGAGGGUUUCUACAGUGUGGUGCCGCCGGAGUGGCUGAAAAUGUUCAGUUACUCCGAGUUUCAGAGCUUAUUAUCCGGCAGUGAAACUGAUAUAGACAUAUCCGACCUGAAGGAGAACACUGUUUACCAAGGUAACUACAACGCUCAACACCCAGUUAUUGUAAUGUUCUGGGACAUUGUAGACGAGAUGAGUCCUGAAGAGCACAGGAAACUGCUGGCGUUUGUGACCAGUACAGACAGAACACCCUUACUUGGAUUCAAGUCUCUGCUGCCUCUGUUUGCUGUCCACAGUGCUGGGGCUGAGGACCGCCUCCCCACCGCUAGUACAUGUAUGAACUUGUUAAAAUUACCUGAGUUUAGUGAUAGAGACAUCAUGGAGAAGAGAUUAAAAUAUGUUAUUGAGGCUGGGGCUGGGUUUGAGCUUAGCUAGGUCUUAUAAAAAAUGUUCUGUACAUUUUUGUAAAGUUUAAUUGUAGAUUUUAUUUCAAAUCAGAGAUCAGGCUGGCUCUGUGAUCAUUGAUAACCGACUUGUUUUGGACUAAAUCUUGUUACUCCGGGCCCUGUGAGCAUUGCAGUGUAUUUUUGCUGUGUCGGCAACGCUUUCAGUUGAAAUGUAUUUUUGACUUGGCCGUUAGAGGACGCCAUAGAUUUUGUACAUAUUAAAUUGAAUUGUUUGUGUUAUUGUAUAUUGUAUACUGUUUGGAAAGUAUUUAGAAACGUUAAUUUGAAUUUUGUAAUAUUGAUUUUUUGCAUUUAAAAUUUUCUUCUUUUAUUGGUUGGUUAUUAAUUGCAUGACCACUGCCUUCAAAUAAUUCCUUCGUAAAAAUGGCCGGCGCUUUAAGAUUGAUACUGUUUCAUUUUGUGUCUUCCCAUUCAGUUUUAAAUACACUCUGAUGCUUCAAUUUUAUGAUAACUUUGAAUAACAUUAAUCAUUUCUUAGUAGCAAGAUGGUCAACAUCCCGAAAGUAAGGCGGACUUUCUGCAAAUACAAGGAAUGCAAGCGCCACACCCAACACAAAGUUACUCAAUACAAAGCUGGCAAGCGAAACCCUAAAGCCCUGGGAGAGAGGAGAUAUCAUAUGAAACUCCGAGGUUAUGGUGGACAGCCGAAGCCUGUUUUCAGAAAGAAUGCCAAGACUACGAAGAAGCAGGUCCUGAGGUUGGAAUGUCAAAAUUGCCACAAGAAAACCCAGCUGUCGCUUAAAAGGUGUAAGCACUUCGAACUCGGAGGCCAGAAGAGGAAGAAGGGACAGAUGAUCCAAUUCUAAGUUUUCUAUUGUUUUUAUUUAUCGGAAACUAA